AUGGAGACCUUCACGGCGGUGCUGAUGCUCCUGCCAGCGGCGGCGUACAUGGUCUGGUUCAUCGGCAUGUCCCGCAGGCUGAGAGGGCCCAGGGUGUGGCCCCUCCUCGGCAGCCUCCCCGGACUGGUCGAAAACUACCACCGCUUGCACGACUGGAUCACCGAGAACCUCCGCGCCAGCGGCGGCACGUACCAGACCUGCGUCUGCGCCGUGCCCGGGAUGGCACGGCGGCAGGGCCUCGUCACCGUGACCUGCGACCCCAGAAACCUGGAGCACAUCCUCAAGCUCCGCUUCGAUAACUACCCAAAGGGCCCGUCUUGGCACGCCGCCUUCCACGACCUCCUCGGCGACGGCAUCUUCAACUCCGACGGCGAGACAUGGCGGUUCCAGCGGAAGACGGCGGCGCUGGAGUUCACCACCCGCACCCUCCGCCAGGCCAUGGCCCGGUGGGUGUCCCGCGCCAUCGAGCUCCGGCUCUGCCCCAUCCUCGACUCGGCCCGCGCCGCCGGCUCCGCCGUGGACCUCCAGGACCUCCUCCUCCGCCUCACCUUCGACAACAUCUGCGGGCUCACCUUCGGCAGGGACCCGGAGACUCUCUCCGCCGCUCUCCCCGAGAACCGAUUCGCCACCGCCUUCGACCAGGCCACGGAAGCCUCCCUGCACCGUUUCAUCCUCCCUGAGUUCCUGUGGAAGCUCCGGCGGCGCCUGCGGCUGGGAAUGGAGGCGCGCUUGACCGACAGCCUGGGCCUCAUCCACGAGUACCUCUCCGAGGUGGUGGCAGCGCGGAAGCUGGAGCUGGCCCGCCAUGGCGACGACAACCUCCUAUCGCGGUUCAUCAAGAAGAGCGACUACUCCGACGACUUCCUCCGGCAGGUCGCCCUCAACUUCAUCCUCGCCGGCCGCGAUACCUCCUCGGCGGCGCUUUGCUGGUUCUUCUGGCUCGUCAUCCGGCACCCCGCCGUGGAGGAGAAGAUCGUGGCGGAGAUGUGCAGCGUCCUCCGGGAGACCCGCGGCGGGGACGUCGCGCGGUGGUUUGACGCGCCGCUGGGGUACGAGGAAGCUGACCAGCUGGUGUACCUAAAGGCGGCGCUGACGGAGACGCUGCGGCUGUACCCUUCGGUGCCGGAGGACUCGAAGCAGGCGGCGGAGGACGACGUGCUCCCCGACGGGACUUUCGUGCCGGGGGGCUCGUCGGUGACCUACUCCAUCUACGCCGCCGGGAGGAUGAAGUCAGUGUGGGGUUGUGAUUGCAUGGACUUUCGACCGGAGAGGUGGCUGGCGGCGGACGGGAAGACGUUCGAGGCGGCGGAGUCGUUCAAGUUCGUGGCGUUCAACGGCGGCCCGAGGGUCUGCCUGGGGAAGGACCUGGCGUACCUGCAGAUGAAGUCCAUCGCCGCCGCCGUGCUGCUCCGCCACCGCCUCGUCCUGGUCCCCGGCCACCGGGUGGAACAGAAGAUGUCGCUCAUCCUGUUCAUGAAGCAAGGGCUCCUGGUGAACGUAGACCGCCGGGACCUAGCGGCGGGGGCGGCGGCGGCGGGCGAAGCUCCUGGUGGUGGGUUUAGUCGAGGAUAA